GGUUGUCCACGACGCGGACCGUCACCCGUCCCGGCCAUCGCGAACUUAACGCGUCGGCCGCCUCGGACUGUUGACUUCCGCCCACGUUGGACUGACGGAAUUGAUGCGUCUACCCCUCUUUAAACCCUUCUUCUCUUCUCGUCUUCCUAUCGUUCUCUUCUUCUAAGCUUCUUCCAUGGCUUCCUCUCCUUCUCUUCUUCUUCUUCUUCUCUUCGCCGCAGCCGGCGUCUUCCUGGCACUUGCCGGGCCCGCCGCUGGCGCCACCCUUGGGCUCGACUUCCACCACCGCUUCUCCGACCGCGUGCGGCGGUGGGCGGAGGCCCACGGCGGGCUCCCUGGUGGCUGGUGGCCCCAGAAGGGCUCGGUCGAGUACUACGCCGCCCUCGCCCACCACGACCGUGCCCUCCACGGCCGUAUCCUUGCCGGUGGCAGCGACCCCGACGAGGAGCUCUACUUCGCUGAUGGCAACGCCACCGUCCGCAUCGGCAGCCUGGGAUUCUUGCAUUACGCGAUUGUGGCGUUGGGGUCGCCGAACGUGACGUUUCUGGUGGCGCUGGACACGGGGAGCGAUCUAUUUUGGUUGCCCUGUGAUUGCCGUAGCUGCGCUCCGACUUCUUCACCUGGUUACGGAGAAAUCAAGUUCGACAUCUACAACGCCUCUCAGUCAUCAACAAGCCAAAAGGUUCCUUGCAAUAGCAGUUUCUGUGAGCUGAAAAGCUCAUGCUCUGCAGCAACUAGCAGUUGCCCUUAUGUAGUUACGUAUGUUUCUGAUAACACUUCAUCUUCUGGGGUCUUAGUCGAGGACAUUUUAUACUUUAAAACAGAGGAGACUAUUCCAAAAGUUGUUAAAGCACCAAUUGUGUUCGGCUGUGGACAGGUUCAGACUGGUGCAUUUCUGGAUAGUGCAGCUCCUAACGGUCUGUUUGGGCUUGGUAUGGACAAGGUAUCUGUUCCUAGUGUUUUGGCAAGUAAAGGAUAUGCUUCGAAUUCCUUCUCCAUGUGCUUCGGAAGUGAUGGUAUGGGAAGAAUCUAUUUUGGAGAUACAGGUAGCUCAGACCAGGGAGAAACUCCAUUCGAUGUUAAUCACAGCCACCCAACAUACAAUAUCAGCUUAAUUGGAAUGGAAGUAGGGAAUAGUUCGAUUGACGUGAAUUCUAGUGCUAUUGUCGACUCUGGUACCUCCUUCACAUGUUUGGCUGAUCCAAUGUAUACUAAGCUCUCUGAAAGUUUUCAUGCACAGGUACGAGAGAACAGGCACGAAUCUGAUCCGGGUAUCCCGUUUGAGUAUUGCUAUGGUUUGAGUCGCAAUCAAAAUUCAAUCCUGCUACCUAAAAUAAAUCUUACGACAAAAGGUGGAAGCCAGUUUCCUAUAAAUGAUCCAAUAAUUGUCAUUAGCAGUGAGCAAAGCAGUUUUUAUUGUCUAGGUAUCGUCAAGAGUAGCCAACUGAAUAUUAUUGGGCAAAAUUUUAUGACGGGCCUCCGCAUUGUCUUUGAUCGUGAGAGACUGGUCUUAGGGUGGAAGGAGUCUGAUUGUUAUGAAGCUGAGGAUUCCAGCACUCUCCCUGUUAACCGAAACCUCCGCAAUCGCUCCUACACCUGGUUCGGGACCAAGCAGUUACAACCCGGAAGCCGCAAAGCAGGGGGGGAACACUACUCAGAUCACAGUGUUGAGACCCUCCACCAGCCAUUCAUCACAUCUGAACUCCAUGAAGAGUAUCUUCUUGAUAUCGAUCGUGCUCUCUUUGGCCAUUCAAUGAUUAUUUUCAUCCCAGGUUGCUUUCAGCUUCUUAUCGAGUUUUCUCGCCCACAGACUAUAGCAUGCAUUGGUUGAGUUUUCGUUUUGGCUCAGAUGUACACCAUACUAUAGUUGCAGAGUUCUGCCAUUUCAUGUAAUUUUUUUUUCUAUUUCAUUUUCUUUGUUUCAUAUAUAUUUUUUCAUCAUGCGGUUUAUUUUGCACACGGGAUGUAGAUAUUGCAAUACUGGAUGUGGAAGAUGGCUACAUAAUUGUUGUAUUCAAUAAGUUUAUAGACAGAUGAUCUAUAAUCAUGACAUAGUGGCAUUUAAACUUUUAUAAUUCCAAUAAUCAUUGCACAUUA